CGGCUUGCCAGCGCGCGGAGGGAAAAUCCGCGAGAAGGCGGUGAAGGAAGAUGGCGGGGUUGGGGCAGGGUUUGCAGCCUUUCUGAAUAGGCUAGUCAAGUAACUAUUCAGGUCAUGGCGUCAAACUCAACUAAGUCUUUCCUGGCAGAUGCCGGCUAUGGCGAACAGGAGCUAGAUGCGAACUCCGCCCUUAUGGAACUGGACAAAGGUCUAAGAUCUGGCAAGCUUGGUGAACAGUGUGAAGCAGUUGUUCGCUUUCCCAGACUCUUCCAGAAGUAUCCGUUCCCUAUUCUCAUCAAUUCUGCAUUCCUGAAGUUAGCCGAUGUUUUCAGAGUUGGAAACAAUUUCCUGAGGCUGUGUGUUCUUAAAGUUACCCAACAAAGUGAGAAGCAUUUGGAGAAGAUUCUAAAUGUGGAUGAAUUUGUGAAGAGAAUUUUCUCUGUGAUUCAUAGUAAUGAUCCUGUGGCGAGAGCCAUCACGCUGCGGAUGCUGGGAAGUCUGGCAUCAAUAAUUCCUGAGAGAAAGAAUGCUCAUCAUAGUAUUCGUCAGAGCCUGGAUUCACAUGAUAACGUAGAAGUUGAAGCUGCUGUGUUUGCUGCUGCCAACUUCUCCGCACAGUCCAAGGAUUUUGCCGUAGGAAUCUGUAACAAAAUCAGUGAAAUGAUUCAAGGUUUAGCCACACCUGUGGACCUGAAGCUGAAGCUGACCCCCAUCCUGCAGCACAUGCACCAUGAUGCCAUCCUGGCUUCCAGUGCUCGCCAGCUUCUGCAGCAGCUGGUCACCUCCUAUCCUUCCACCAGGAUGGUGAUCGUUUCUCUGCACACUUUCACUCUGCUUGCAGCGUCGUCUUUGGUUGAUACGCCGAAGCAGAUUCAGCUCCUGUUGCAGUACUUGAAGAAUGACCCCAGGAGAGCAGUAAAGAGACUUGCUAUUCAAGAUCUGAAGUUACUUGCCAAUAAAACACCACAUACCUGGAGCAGGGAAAAUAUUCAGGCCCUCUGUGAAUGUGCCCUUCAGACUCCUUACGACAGCUUAAAACUAGGGAUGCUGUCUGUGCUUGCGACACUGUCAGGGACCAUCGCUGUCAAGCAUUACUUCAGCCUGGCUCCAGGAAAUGCGGGUUCUUCCCCCAGAUCCUCGGAUUUGGUCAAAUUAGCCCACGAGUGCUGUUACCACAACCACAGGGGCAUUGCAGCUCAUGGAGUGAGAGUCCUAACUAACAUCACUGUCUCCUGUCAGGAAAAAGACCUUUUGGCACUGGAACAAAGUGCUGUCUUUGGCCUGGAAGCCCUUCUGGUACUUUGUGGUCAAGAUGACAGUGCAGGUGCUCAAGCCACUUUAAAGAUUGCUCUUAAUUGUAUGGUGAAGCUGGCCAAGGGCAGGCCCCAUCUCAGCCAGCCAGUGGUUGAGGCCUUGUUGACGCAGUUGCACAGCGCCCAGGACACUGCCCGGCUCCUGAUGUGCCAUUGUCUGGCGGCCAUCGCCAUGCAGCUGCCAGUGCUGGGCGAUGGGAUGCUCGGGGACCUCGUGGGGCUCUACAAGGUGACCGGACGGUCCGCCACAGACAAGCAACAAGAGCUUCUGGUGAGUUUGGCUACUGUGAUUUUCGUAGCCAGUCAGAAAGCAUUAUCUGCCGAAGUAAAAGCAGUGAUUAAACAGCAGCUUGAGAGUGUAUCUAAUGGAUGGACUGUGUACCGGAUCGCCAGACAGGCGUCCAGGAUGGGUAACCAUGACAUGGCCAGAGAGCUUUAUCAGAGCUUGCUGACUCAGGUGGCCUCAGAACACUUCUACUUUUGGCUGAACAGUUUGAAGGAGUUCUCCCAAGCAGAGCAGUGUCUCACUGGGCUGCAGGAGGAGGAUUGUAGUUCAGCGCUUUCUUGCAUUGCUGAGUCUUUAAAAUUCUACCACAAAGGGAUUGCCUCCCUAACAUCUACUAGGCUGGGAGUCCAAAUUCAGGGCAUCAGCUCCAGGGGAGGGCUUCCUCUCUCUCUCAUCGCUGGAGGAAAGUCCUUCUCAUCAAUCUUCCCCUGGACUAGGAGCUUCUCCAUGCAGGAACCCCAGGUCCAAAGGAUGUGCUCUGCUCCCGGCAUUACUUUCUCGGUGGCUGCCAGUACACCACUGAAUCCUUUAAGUUUUCAGUGUGAAUUUGUUAAACUCAGAAUUGACCUUCUGCAAGCCUUCUCCCAGCUGAUCUGUACUUGUAACAGCCUAAAGACAAGCCCCCCACCCGCAAUCGCCACUACAGUUGCCAUGACCUUGGGAAAUGACCUUCAGAGAUGUGGUCGCAUCUCCAAUCAGAUGAAACACUCCAUGGAAGAAUUCCGAAGCCUCGCGUCCCGAUAUGGGGAUCUGUAUCAGGCAUCUUUCGAUGCUGACUCGGCAACUUUGAGGAAUGUAGAAUUACAACAGCAGAGCUGUUUACUGAUUUCUCACGCGAUAGAAGCUCUGAUCUUGGAUCCAGAAUCAGCAAGUUUCCAGGAAUAUGGAUCGACUGGAGCUGCCCAUGCAGACAGUGAAUAUGAGAGAAGAAUGAUGUCCGUGUAUAAUCAUGUCUUGGAGGAAGUGGAAUCACUCAAUCGAAAAUACACCCCUGUUUCUUACAUGCAUACAGCAUGUCUGUGCAAUGCCAUCAUUGCUUUGCUGAAAGUCCCCCUUUCAUUUCAAAGGUAUUUCUUCCAGAAAUUGCAGUCUACCAGCAUCAAGCUGGCUCUGUCUCCGUCACCCCGGAACCCCGCAGAGCCCAUCGCUGUCCAGAACAACCAGCAGCUGGCACUGAAGGUGGAGGGAGUGGUUCAGCACGGAUCUAAACCAGGACUCUUUCGCAAAAUCCAGUCUGUCUGUCUGAAUGUUUCUUCCACACUACAGAGCAAAUCCGGACAAGACUACAAGAUACCCAUUGACAACAUGACCAAUGAGAUGGAGCAGAGGGUGGAGCCUCACAACGAUUACUUCAGCACUCAGUUUCUGUUGACCUUUGCCGUCCUGGGAACACACAGCAUUGUGGUGGAAUCCUCAGUGAAAGAUGCCAAUGGGAUUGUAUGGAAGACUGGUCCCAGAACGACCAUAUUUGUGAAAUCCCUGGAAGAUCCUUACUCCCAGCAGAUCCGCCUCCAGCAGCAGCAGGCCCAGCAGCCCUUCCAGCAGCAGCAACAACGAAAUGCCUACACACGGUUUUAACUGCCAUGGGUGUCCAACAGACUUGAAAGGAUUGAUCGAAUUUGCAAAAAUGGAUUAAGAUAUGAAAGUUACAGUGUGGAGCCCAUUUAUUCACUGAUUUUUGUAAUGUCAUAUCCUGUAAGUUUUUUUUUUUUUACUUAAAAAUUAAGUUUGAGAAAUAAUUGGACUAUUAGCCAGAAAGAUUUUUUCCUGCUCCUUUUAAACCAAGUCUUUUUUUCUCAUAUUUAACAUUUUUGUUGCUUUAUUGUUUUUUCUGUUGCUAAGCUUUUUCCCUUUCUUUCAAGAAUAUAGUCCCAUGUUUGGAUCAUUGAAUUAGUGAAUUUGACUACUUCUUCACCAAAGUAUACCCUUUGCUGCCUGACACAAACCUGAAGUUCCAAGCUAGGCAUGAGAAAGUCUGACCAGUGGGUGCAAGGCUUAUCCAUGGUAGCCGUAUCCGUGGUAGCCGAAACUGCAUCUUCCCGUGGAUGGACGUGAAGGAGGCCCAGGAACAUCCAGCCCUCCACGUUGUGAGAGCCUGUAGCCUAGCAGAAUUGAAACAUGCCGCUGCAGUGUUUCCAGGACCUACCUGUCUCUCCUGUACUAAAGCAGCCUUAUUUGCAGUUUUAGUUUUGAAUUGACCUAAAGGGCACCUGGCAAGUACAUAGAAAGGCUGGAGAUAAGUGAUUUGUGGUUUUUUCUACUGUGUGUGACUGUGUAAUCUAGACUUUUUACGGUUUCUAAAAAUGAAAAAAUUUUUCACA